AUCCCAUCUACGUCUUGAGGUGAACAAAUAACAAAUCCCUCCCAAACACAAUCAUCUUAACGUGUACAAAUAACAAAUCUACAAGUUAUAAAAGAACCAAAUUCCUUAGGAACUCUUCAUCAUCUUUACCAAUAUCUUACAUUUCCUGAAUCUGAACUAUGAGCUGGUGGUGGUCCGGAGCUAUUGGCGCUGCCAAGAAAAAAUUCGAUGAUGACGAACCGCCGCGAACCUCCGAGAGCGUGGCUCUGAUAAUCGGCGUCACCGGCAUCGUCGGCAACAGCCUCGCCGAGAUUCUCCCCCUACCCGACACACCAGGCGGCCGAUGGAAAGUCUACGGCGUCGGGCGGCGUCCUCGUCCUUCCUGGAGCGAAGAUCACCGAAUCGAAUACAUCCAAUGCGACGUCACCGAUCCAAACGACACCCAAACCAAACUCUCCGUUCUCACCGACGUCACACACGUUUUCUACGUCUGUUGGACAAGCCGCCCCACGGAAGCUGAAAACUGCAAAGUUAACGGCGACAUGUUACGCAACGUCCUCCGUGCGGUUAUCCCUAACGCCGUCAAUCUCCGCCAUGUCUCCCUUCAGACUGGCGCUAAGCACUAUGUAGGACCGUUCGAGCUGUUAGGCAAGGUUAAAAGUCACGAGCCGCCGUUUACGGAGGAUCUACCGCGUUUGGAUGUGCCGAAUUUUUAUUAUGUUCAAGAAGAUAUCUUGUUUGAAGAAACUCGUAAGAAAGAGGGUUUGAGUUGGUCUGUUCAUAGACCUCAAGUUAUAUUCGGAUUUUCGCCUUAUAGUUUGAUGAACCUUGUUGGUUCUCUUUGUGUUUAUGCUACAAUUUGCAAGCAUGAAGGUCUUCCUUUGAGGUUUCCUGGUACUAAGGAAGCUUGGGAGUCUUAUUCUGUGGCUUCUGAUGCGGAUUUGAUUGCUGAGCAGCAUAUUUGGGCUGCGGUGGAUCCUUAUGCUAAGAAUGAAGCUUUUAAUUGUAGCAACGGUGAUGUUUUCAGGUGGAAGCAUUUAUGGAAGGUUUUGGCAGAACAGUUUGGGAUUGAGGAGUAUGGGUACAAGGUGGGUCCUCGUGUGAGGUUGUCGGAGUUGAUGAAGGAUAAAGGUCCUGUUUGGGAUGAGAUUGUGAGGGAGAAGCAGUUGCAUAAGACGAAGUUGGAGGAAGUUGGUGAGUGGUGGUUUGUGGAUAUUAUGCUUGGAGGAGGGGUUGUGGAUAGCAUGAACAAGGCUAAAGAACAUGGGUUUGUAGGGUUCAGGAACACUAAGAAUUCUCUGAUAAAUUGGAUAGAUAAGACCAGAGCUUUCAAGAUUGUUCCUGAGAAUUGAUAUCUGUAUCUUGGAUAUGUUAUCUGUAUGUGUUUAAGUAAAAUAUUUCUGAAAUAAUGUCUUAUAGUUGGAGUAUCUCUACAAAUCAAAUAAAUCACGGAGAAAAUCGUUGAAUGCAUACUAGUGUGAUACGAGUUAUUAUUUGUUUGGCAUAGUUUGUAAUCAUGGCAUAUAUGUAUUUAUGUUAUACGAAACAUAAAGAUAUCAAUAAAGAAAAACAAUGUAUCUCAUCACAACAUCCUUCCUCUUAACCAGUGUUUGAGAAAAAGAGGGAUGAAUUUUAUUA